AUUGAAGUCUGUAGUUACGCAGCCCUCCACCUACCGUCGUUGUUCCUCACCCAUUUCUCAAACCUCAAACGCUCAACGAACCUUACUUCCGAUCUCGCGAUUCAGAUGGCUCUCUCUCACGCAGCUUCCCGAUCCAAUCUUCUCAAGCCGCUCGUUUCCGGUUUCUCGUACUCUUCAUCUCUCCGCCGCUCGAUCUCGUCCGCCGCCGAUAACUCUUCCUCGCUCACCAUCGAGACAUCUGUCCCCUUCACCGCUCACAAGUGCGAUGAGCCGUCGCGUUCUGUCGAGACCAAUCCCAAGGAGCUUCUUGGAUUCUUCCGAGACAUGGCGCUGAUGCGGCGGAUGGAAAUCGCCGCUGACUCUCUCUAUAAGGCUAAGUUGAUCCGUGGAUUUUGUCAUCUCUAUGAUGGUCAGGAAGCCGUCGCUGUAGGAAUGGAGGCUGCGAUUACGAAGAAGGAUGCGAUUAUUACUGCUUAUCGUGAUCACUGUACCUUCCUUGGUCGUGGAGGAACGCUUCUGGAGAUUUUUGCGGAGUUAAUGGGUCGCCAGGCUGGGUGCUCGAGGGGGAAAGGUGGUUCUAUGCAUUUCUAUAAGAAGGACGCUUGCUUCUAUGGUGGACAUGGUAUUGUUGGGGCUCAGGUGCCUCUUGGAUGUGGAGUAGCCUUUGCGCAGAAGUAUUCCAAGGAUGAGACUGUAACUUUUGCUCUGUAUGGUGAUGGCGCGGCGAAUCAGGGUCAGUUGUUCGAGGCGCUUAAUAUCUCUGCGCUUUGGGAUCUGCCUGUUAUUCUCGUCUGCGAGAACAACCAUUAUGGUAUGGGGACUGCAGAGUGGAGAGCAGCGAAGAGUCCAGCUUAUUAUAAACGUGGGGACUACGUUCCUGGAUUGAAAGUGGAUGGUAUGGAUGCUCUAGCUGUCAAACAGGCUUGCAAGUUUGCAAAGGAACAUGCUUUGAAGAAUGGACCAAUUAUCCUUGAAAUGGACACCUAUAGGUAUCAUGGUCACUCUAUGUCUGAUCCUGGUAGCACAUACCGAACACGUGAUGAGAUCUCUGGUGUUAGACAGGAACGUGAUCCCAUUGAAAGAAUAAGAAAACUGAUAAUAUCCUAUGAUCUGGCAACUGAAAAGGAGCUAAAGGACAUUGAGAAGGAAGUCAGAAAGGAAGUCGAUGAAGCUAUUGCUCAAGCUAAGGAAAAUCCGUUGCCAGAUCCUUCCGAACUCUUCACAAAUGUGUAUGUGAAAGGUUUUGGAACUGAGUCAUUUGGAGCAGAUAGGAAAGAGCUGAGAGCGGUACUUCCCUGAUUUAUUUGUAUCAAGUGUUCGAGAGGCCUGCUUGGGACCUCCAAACUCCCCCAAAAUCCAUCAGAAGCAAAAAUGGAUAAUAAGGAGGUUUGAUUGAAGUGAUGUUUCCCUUCACGGCUGUAAGUUUGGUUACCACUAAAUUUUCAUGUAGAUUAUGAAUAUAUUUUGUUUGUUUGUUUGUCCCUUUCAUUCAGUGAUUCGACCUCGAGAUAUUUAACCCUUAAAUGUUGGUAUAUUCAUUCGUAACUGUGAAAUAUGCUGCUUGCAUGAGCAUUCACAAUAAAGAGGAAGCAUCUUAUGGGAUCACUUCCUAUAUAUUACCCUAAAGUUGGGAUUCCUCAACGAAAUUACUUUUUUGGUUU